CCCUAGUCCCUAAUUUUACCGCGAACUAUGACAUUUGUUUUUGUUUGGGACUUAUUACUUAAUCUGUGUUGGGACGUUAUUAAAUAUAACAUAAAACAACAAUUAUUUUUCGGACAACAUAACUAUCAUGGGAAUUUCAGAAACUUUAAAGAAAUAUUCCAAAGCUGGUAAUAACAAAGUAUUUGUUCAUUCUUUCGAAAUACCUCUUGGUAAAAUGAUCGCAGGUGCAGAUGACGAUUUUUUGUACUUUGUCAUUUUUGAAGAUUCAAAAAAUAUUGAAAAUACUUUUGAAAUGAUAGCCGCAAAGCUCAAUUGUUCUUUCUUAGAGGAAAAGAAUAAGUUAUUGAAUCAAUUCGAGAACGAAGUCAAGGAUUAUUUUGAAGGAAAACUUAAAAAGUUCACUGUUCCCAUAAAAACUUUCGGAUCACAAUUUCAGAAGGAAGUGUGGGAUAAACUUCUUGAAAUUCCAUUUGGAUCAACGCAUACUUAUGGUUCACUCGCUAAAAUUAUGGGUAGACCAGUAACUCACUCUCGAGCUGUCGGAGCGGCCUGUGGUGCUAAUACUCAUUUACUAGUAAUACCUUGUCAUAGACUUGUAGCAUCCAAUUCUAACGGAGGCUUCAGUUGUGGCUUAAAUCGUAAGGAAUGGUUGUUGAAGCAUGAAAAGAAGUUUGCCUGAUUAUAAUAUUUUUGUUUUGUUCAGUAUAAAUGAUAGAUUUUCUAUCUAGUUCAACAAAAUACUCAGCUACCCUAAUUUCCAUUGGGCUCUUCAUGCCAAAGCUGGGCAUCUAAAUCACCAAGGCCCUCUAAUACAUGCCUGAUCACAUUGAAUAGCUAAUACUGGCACCAUAUUUACUAUAAAUUAAAUGAUGUUUUCUGAAUAUGUGAAUAGUGGUCAGGGUACCCAUUAGUUUAGGCUAGAGCCCUGGGUGUAGCAAUUGUAUGUCAUACAUGAAAAAUAUACUAAACUCUAUUAACAUGUGAUAUUGAAAAUAUAAAAAAAAUUAAUAAUAUUUUUUUAUCGUCUACUGUUUAUUUUGGUAAUAAAUUUCACAUUUU